AUCACUUUGGUUUGCGGAGAUGCUUUUGUUCAACCAUAUCAGUUUGACCCAGAAUCAGACCCAGAAGGAGAGGCUCCUGAAGAAGUACAGACUCUGCAGCUGCAGCACAGCUCAGAGGGUCAGGAGCAGCUGUUUGUGAUCUCCAUUACACGCUGAUGAUACAGGGUAUUAUAUGAUACAUCACCUUCACAAAUCUGAUAUAGCAGCAAAUUCCUCCUGGAGUCCUACCAAACAAUACCCUUGAAGAUAAGAAAAAUAAGGCCCUCAGAUGCAGCAGAGCCACACGCACACUCAGAUAAAAGAAAAAAAAAGAUUUGUUGUUAUUCUCUCUUAAGCCUGUUGCAUACGUCACGCAACUUCCAGUAAAUGUGUUGCAUCCUGUUGGCUGUGGGUGGUGUGUCCCGGCUUAAGUGCUGACACCCACCAGAGGGACAGAUCAGCUGCAGGAGAGCCUCAGUCAUCCACUCACAGCUCCACAGCAGCGAUCAUGCAACUGGUACGCCUGGAUGCCGCGGUCAUGCUCGGGGUUGUUGUUCCACAGAUAAUCAGCAUCAGCAUGUUACCUCCACCCUCUGACUGCCUGGCUCGUGUUGAUAUCUGCAUGUCAGAAUUAUGCACGGCUGAACAGGCAUUUAACGACGGCGUCUGCAGAGACGAAGGUUGCCAAAUAAAAGGCUUGGGGGCCUGUAACAUGACCAUCCAAACCGCACUGGACCAAUUACCCUCUCUGCGAGGGUGUGUGUGUACCUGGAAGGAGGAGGGGCUCUGUGACUCCAUGCGAAUGCUGGCUGAACAAUGCCGCCGAAGGCCAGCAGCUCAGCAGAAGAGGAGCACGGCGAUGGACUGGCGGUCAAGCAGUUUAAUAGGCUAUGUGUACGAUGGCGCGGGGUCCUGCUCGGAUCGAAUCGCAGUCUGUCUCAGUGAUGCGGUUUGCAACAGGUACCUUGCACUUGUUCUCGGGGCCUGUAACGCAGCUAAGUGCAGCCAUGACAGCUGUCAGCGACUCGCUCGGCAGUUCUACAGCAGCAUGCCGCACAACAUCGCUGAGAUGCUGGUCAUGUGUGAGUGCGAGGCUUCAGAUGAGGACUGCGUGGGAAUGAAAACUGCCCUGCACACCGGCACCUGUGGAGAUGAGCUCCGGAUGUGUCAAGAUACGGUCGACCACUGUGUUAAGGACGGUGACUGCAGAGACCUGUUGAAAACUAUGGUUACCAAAUGCUGGAGCUCUGAGGACGCACAGUGUGCCGACAGUGACCUCCAAAAAGAUGAAUGCUUUACCCAAAUGGACCCUGCUCGCAUUCUUGGUGCAGAUUCUGAAUGUAAGACAGCCUUCUUGGCCACUCUGGGCACAACACUUCAUCAUCCUUGUAUGUGCAGCGGAGUGAGCAAUGAUGAUCUCCUGAUGUGCAACAUGAUUCAUGAUGUUCUUCAUAAUAGAUCCCAUUUCUUGACUUCUUGGGAAAACAGCAGUGGUCCUUCUAAACCUCCUGAAAUGAAUGAAUCUGAGCAAGGUCAUACAUGGAUACAUGAUUAUCUUCUGUAUGCCUUUGCGGCUGUGUUACUCGUCGUAGUUGUCGUAUUGAUGCCUCUGGCUGUUGUCAGCAAAAUAUGGAUAUUGAGAAGGAGAGACAAAACAAAAUAUCACCAUCCACAGAAAAGCAAUUGUGUUGUUCUUCUCUGAUGAUUUUCCAUGUGUUAAAUGUUUAUCAUUGAACCGUCUGGUCCUUUUAAUCUCAAAACAAGACUUUAGAUGAUUCCAUUUAUGACAUGCCUUUGAGUUGUUUUUAUGUAACAACAACAAAAACAUCUCUUAUGUAUUCUGCAGUCUAUUUGUAUUGUACUCCUUUAUAACAGACAACAAUGAAGUUAUCAUACAAAUCUGUCUGAAUGUCUUCAUCUAAGAAAAUUGAUUUAAGAGGGGUGUUUCUGCAGUUAUAAAUAUCCCACGUGUGAUGCAGGCCCUCUGUUUUGAUGAGAUUGAUCGCAUAUUGAGGUUUUUUAAGAGACUUUUUAAUCAAAAAAAAAGAAACCUUUCUCUCGGCAGUCUCCUCAGGAGGUCUUUUUGUCUGUUUCACACCGUGUUCCAGCGAUCUGAUCUGACUGGCACAUCUGACAAUGCCUGACGUCUUUGAUAAUAAACAUCAGUUUGAAAACCU